GCUCGUGGAUGUGGACUGGAGCUCGUGCCGCUGCGCUGAGCUGGGUGAAAAUACGUUAAACCUGCCGUUAGCUUUAAGCUAGGCGAGCUUUAUCAAGUCAUACGCGACAGAAUGGAUUUAAACGGUUAUUGAGAGGACCCAAAAACUUGAAUGAGAUUUUAGAAGCUCGAGUGUGUAAAAAAAAUAAGGCGAAAGAUUUAUAGUUUGGACGCAGGCUAACUGGCUAAGUGAGCCGUCGGCAAGACCCCACCACCCAAAGAUUGAAACGGAGAUUAAAGCCAUCAUCUAAUCUAUUAAAGAGGAUAACCAAUGUCACACACACCAAUCCUCUAAAGCAGCGACGCCAAUGAACUGACAGGUGGAGUUUAUUUCCAGUCUCCCCAGCGCAACCACCGGAAGCCCAUCGUUGAAUGAGUGCAUGCUAACUGAGUGUGCAUAUGGUCCGCAGAAAGAGGAGAUAACUCCAGAGUCAGAAAAGGAAGUGUAGGCAUGGCUCGAGGCACUCCCUUGAGGCCGCGUCCCCCUGAGAUCCUUAUGUAAUGCCUCCUCAUCUGCAAAUAGACAUCAGCUGGGCCUGAUACACUCAUACAAACACGCAUAAGGAAGUCCCUGAACUGUCCCAAGCGAGAAGUUGAACUCUUGUCCAUUGUUUUCUCUUUGACCUCUCCUCCCUCAAUCCCCACAUAAGCACCUGUGCAUCCUGGGAUUCCUCCGAGCUCCAACGUUUUCAUUUCAGAAUUGCUCCACUGACCUGGAUCAAUUCCCAGGAGUGUUGAGGUGUGUGCGAGUGAAGAGCUGCUCUUUUCACCUGUUUUUGUCUCUGUGCAAAAAAGGUGUUUUUGCCGAACCAUUCCACUCAUUGCAAAGAGCGAGAAUUUGAUCUAAUCAGCCAUGCAGGUGUAAGCCUGUUUACUUGUGAAGAUACUGGCCUGUUCUUUAAAACUAACCUGUUGGAUCAGCAAUGCUUCGACUCAGGAGAGAGACACACAAGGCUCCAUUUCUUAAGGUGCAGUGUAGCACACGUUGGUUGAAAUGAAGGAGAGACAUUUUUAUAUCUUCUGAUAGUGUGGAUGGUGGGGGGAAACUGUUAGCGGUUGUGGCUGCCGCCUGAUUCCUUCAUUGUCGUUGCUCCCUUCAAAACUGAACUACACCAAAAAUCCUCCUGUCCCUCUCUUUGUCUCUCGCCAUUUCAUUUUUUUAUAUAUAUUUUGGUGAAUUAUUCAACUCCCAUUCACAGCAGAAGAAAACAAAAUUGGCAACUUUUGAAAUCCUUAAACUGACUACAGUGCUGCUUAUCAAAACACCAAACUCAAAUAAUCUAUUUUUAAAAUAUUUGUUAGAAAAAAAAAAUCAUAAACAUUACUUUCCUUUACCUCUUAUUUUAUACAGUAACACCAAAUAUUUCUCAUAAAGUAAACAAUUUUCACAUUUUUGGUUACAUUUUUAAAGCACCACUGAAGAUUUAGGCCUUGACAGUUAAAGUGGUGAGACAUUAGGAGUUUUUAAAAUAGUUUUUUUUGUUUUCAUUUUUUUGUUUGUUUUUUGUUCCAGUCAUUUUUUUUCUUGGCAUUUUAUAGACAUUUUUUCCUAAGCCUUUUAAGUUUGUUUUCAUUUUUUUUUUUUUUUUCUACAUGACCAAAUAAGUAAUAUUUAGACUUGACAAACUACAGACGUUUUGAGCAAUUUUUGUUCAGUGAUUGGCUUUAUACAUUUAUUAAUUUAUAAGUGUCUAAAAAUCUGAAACUUUAAUUCAAGAAUUUGCUAAAACCCAAAGUUUGAUUUUUUUUUUUUUUUUUUAAAUCCUUUUUUUUAAAAAUUUUUUUUUUUACUUCUCCAUUUCUGUUUUGUACUUUUGAAACAAUGCUCAUCUUGUGGCCUUUUUCUAUAAUGCCAAAAGGACAACAACUUCUCCCUUAGUUUUUCUUUUUCAUUUGUGCUGUCUUAACAACACAAACGCACUCACAAACGGAUAAUUUUCCGGGGCACGCUGUCAUCCUGCCCCCUGGGUGAUGCCGAGCGGCAGCAUGAGUGGGGGCGUGUCUGGACCCACUUCCCCACCCCACCCCACCGUUCCAUCCAGACCUCUCCGGCCUAGUCGCUACGUGCCGGUCUCUGCGGCAACGGCCUUCUUGGUUGGAGCAACCACACUCUUCUUCUGCUUUACGUGCCCUUGGCUUUCGGAGCAGUUUUCUGUUGCUGUGCCGAUAUACAAUGGCAUUAUGUUUCUGUUUGUUCUGGCCAACUUCUGUAUGGCCACAUUUAUGGAUCCUGGCAUCUUCCCCAGAGCUGAGGAAGAUGAAGAUAAAGAGGAUGAUUUCCGGGCUCCUCUCUAUAAGACUGUGGAGAUUCGAGGCAUUCAAGUGCGGAUGAAGUGGUGCUCCACCUGCCGUUUCUACAGACCCCCACGUUGCUCACAUUGCUCCGUGUGCGACAACUGUGUGGAGGAUUUUGAUCAUCACUGUCCGUGGGUUAACAACUGUAUCGGCCGAAGGAACUACCGUUACUUUUUCCUGUUCCUGCUGUCCUUGACAGCUCACAUAAUGGGCGUGUUUGGCUUCGGCCUGCUCUUCAUUCUCUACCACACCCAGCAGCUAGACAGAGUGCAUUCGGCUGUCACUAUGGCUGUCAUGUGUGUCGCUGGGCUUUUCUUCAUCCCAGUAGCAGGUCUCACUGGUUUCCAUGUCGUUCUGGUGGCAAGAGGCAGGACCACCAAUGAGCAGGUGACAGGGAAGUUCAGGGGAGGUGUGAACCCCUUCACAAAUGGCUGCUUGAGGAACGUCUCGCACGUUCUGUGCAGCUCACAGGCACCCAGGUAUCUGGGUAGAAAGAAGAAGGCUCAGACAGUGUCUAUUCAGCCUCCUUUCCUCCGACCGCAUCUUACAGAGGCUCAACUGGCAGCCAAGGUGCUCGACAACGGAAUCCAAGGAGACCUACACCGGUCUAAGAGCAGUUUGGAGAUGAUGGAGAGUCAAUCUGCUGACGCAGAGCCUCCGCCUCCACCUAAACCAGAGCUCAGAUACCCUGGGCUGUCACGAGGACCUGCCGGACACUCUGAGGAGAGCAGUCUGUUGAAUAAAGCUCCACCCACACCCACAAUGUUCAAGUACAGACCCACCUACAGCAGCCCGGGCAAGAACCACACUGCCCUUACACAUGCAUAUGCCAACCAGAUGAGUCGUGGGGACAGUCUUAAAGAGUCCUCUUCCUCUCUCCUCCAGUCCAGUCAGCAGCCAGGCUAUCGCUCUGAGCCCAGUCUGGACGGGCGUGAGGGGGGCGGAGUGGAGCGAAGCGGUGCCGAGCGAACAGGUGGAGGCCCUGGAGUACCUCCAGGCUCAGGGAUCCCAGGAUACUCCCUAGGAGGGCGCUCGUACCCCUCCUUCUCUGAUCCUACGGUGCUUGCCGGAGGGGCCUCACGGUCCUCCAGUGUUCGCUCUUCCCACAAUGCCCCACCAUCUGAGGCUACCACCUCCACCAGCUACAAAAGCUUAGCCAACCAGACGCCACCACCGGCUCCUCGGAACGGCAGUCUGUCAUACGAUAGUCUGCUCACACCUUCCGAAAGCCCAGAUUUUGAAUCGGCGGCACCAGAGAUGUCACCAGGGCGACCACGCACACCUGUAGUUGGAUACAGUUCACCAUUCCUGUCAGCACAGAUCGCCCAGCAACGGGAGGCGGAACUCCACCAGCCAUCUGCCUCCAGCACCGCCCUCCUCGCCUCCCCGCAUCAUGCCGCCUAUCUACGUGGCUCCACCGCCUCCCCGCCCGCUCCGCCUGAACGUGAGCGAGAACGCCUGCUGCACGACUCGCAACCGCACCACCAUCACCACCACCACCAUCAUCACCAUCACCACCGGCCGCCUCGCUUUUCUCGACCUCCGCUGCUCUCUGACUCGGGCCCCUCUCAGCCCUCGUAUCCAUACCGCACUCGCUCCACUGACACACCCCUGCCGCCCACCACCCACCCUCCACGCUCGCCACACCCCCCGCCACUGGGGAAGUCCCUGUCUUACUCUAGCGCUGCCGCUGCAGAGAUGCAGUACCGCCUGGUCCGCAAAGCCUCAGCCUCGGUCGGGGGAGGGGGCAUACAGGCGCCAAAGGACGAGAUUCAGAUGAAGUCAUAUAGCCGGACAAACGGGCAGCCGAAACCACCUUCCAACCCCUCGUCCCCCUCUCAUCCCGUCAGCGUGUCGACUCGCCCAGGUCAGGCAUAUUCCAGUGCUGGCUCUUCGCAGAGCCCCGCUCACAAGCCUGGAGGUGGCGUGAAGAAGGUGACGGGCGUCGGAGGGACCACUUACGAGAUAUCGGUGUGAAAGAGCGGCUGUGUUCACUGGUGUUGUCAAGAAUAGAGCCAGGGACUCAUGUUCUUCACCAACAUAGCAGAAAAAAUCACGUGUGGCAGACAUUUAUUGGUGCCCAUGGGAAAAAUCUGAAAAUUUUUCGAAAAGGAAAUCAAUGCUGACCAGCAGGUUUUGGUUGGAUGUGACAUGUAGGAGGAGGAGGAGGAGGAGGAGGAGCAUGGGGGGGGUCAUUCAAGCCGUGACAUAGUGGGACUUUAAGACUCCUCACCAGUAAGGAGCUUUAAAACUUAAUUGGUGUGACGGAAAAGGACCGGAUUGCCUUCAAAAUGUUAAAAAAAAAAAAAAGAUUUUUAUCCGACAUAAAUGUGUAAAUUGUUCUGUAUAGAGAAAAAUGGUCACUGUUUUGUUUUUGUUUUUUUUCACAGAGUGGAAUUUGAUUUUUACGAAAGGGGACCUGUGGCAUUCAGUAGCCAUUUCAGACCACUGUGAUUGGCAUGCGACAAUGUUGCGUCUGUAUCCAAUCAGCACCAGGGAAGCAAAAUGGUAGAAAAGAUAAAGAAAUGGACUAAUGCAUUAUUUAAAUGACAGCAGCCUUUUCAAAUUAGUGUUUUCAGAGUUAUGGCCUUGGAAAUUCAAGGAAGAAAUGUUUUUAUUUAAUUUUUAAAGUGUUAUUUUAUAUGACUUUAUAAAUGGUUAUUGAUAAGAUCAAAAUGUUUUUUUUUUUUUUUUUCUACAAAGGCUGAUAUUUGUUCUCUAUGGACUUUUAUCUAAUCAUAUAGACGGUUGAAGAGCUGGUGGCACACUAGUGGCGAGAGAUCAGAGGGUUGCUCGUAGCAUAAAAAUGCAUUUGACACUGCGAUCUGUGGGACAUAUUUCAAAUUUUAUCUUGUAAACAUUGAUUGUCUGCCUCUUAGGUAUGAUUUUUUGUUGUUGUUGUUGUUGUUGUUGUUUUUUUAAUACAUUAGAGGCAAAUCUCACUGGUGGCCUUAACUAGCCAGCCAUGUAGGAUUUAAAGCUUUCUGCUCACGAUGCCACAGAACAUGCUGGGUAACCAUAUCAGUGCCCUCUGAUUGGACGGCAGUUGAGCCAAUCAGUGGAAGUUAGCUGCCAUUAUGAAUCAGUGAAAGCCUUUUAUUUUGAAUGAUUUAAUUCUUACCUAUUACAUUCGAAAAGAUUGUGACAUUUUGACUCAUUUCAAUCAUCGUCUGUCUUGUCCGGGGUAUUGAUCAACAUUUAGAUCAGGGCUGGCCAAUCAGGGCACAGAAGGUAUCUGCUGGCUGAUGCAAAAGCCAAUGAAUACACUUAUAGGAAUAUUUUAGAUCAAAAGAUGGACUGAGGAAAAGGAGGGAAAGAAAGAAAAGAACGUGUACUGUAUAGCUCAGUGUGAGUGAGCAUGGUUGUGAAUAUGUGUAUGCGUGUGUGUGUGUGUGUGAGCAUUGGUAAUAAACUCUUUAUAAAUCAA